GCAAAAUUGUUGUUUGUCAACAAUCAUGAAUUUCGUUUUUGGUGUAAAGUAAAAUUAGAUUAUUCUUUCCAAUAAAGUUAGGGAACUUAAGUCUUAAAUUAACAGCUGUUGUUUAUUCAAUAAAAAAUAUAUAUUCAUUCUAUUAUAAAUUUUUAUCGUGAUAAAUAAUUGAAGCAGUUGUGAAAUUUAAUUAUUUUAUCUAUCAGUGCUCGACCACAAGAACGUGACAUGAUUUGAACUCAUUAAUUAUAAUGCCGGAGAGUGACGAGAGCGAUUUAGUGUACGAAAUCGACGAUAAAGGUCAAAAUAUGCUGGUGAGAUCGCUGGAAUCAACACAAAGGGCAUAUCUCAGGUUUACGAAUAAAACAUCGCGUCCUGUCGACGUGUGGUGGCGGGAUUUCCGUGGGAUGAAGCGACAUUACGUGCGAUUGGAUGAAGGAUCGCAUUUCGACAUUAAUUCCUUUAUCACUCACCCGUGGGAGUUCACUGACGUAGCAACAAAGGAACGGUACGUGAUAAAUAAUAAUCCGAUAUAUCGUCCGCCGAGGAAUAUAGGCGGUAUGAUGUUCCGAACUAAUUGGAACAUAACAAUCAGUGUCCGAAGUUUGAGACAGACUGUGUUGCUGUCUUUGGCAUUGCAUUUAAAAGAUUCCAAUGCAGUGAACGCACUGGGGUUGCCGAGGACUCUAGCAGAGGAGUUGCAGCAUUUAACAAAUCUAUUUCACACUCCACUACCUCCGCCAAGUAGAGACUGAGGGUUGAUAUUAUGUAUUAUUGUACUUAUCGGCUGCUUUGUGUACAUGUCGUCUAUACUGUGGGUGAACUUUUUACCACCCUUCCAUAAACAUAGAGAAUAAGUGCGGAUGAUAAUAUGUAUCGCAGAUAUUAAGGAUGAAGGGUCUGUCUACAGAAUGUCUUAAUGUGAUAUAAUAUUUAGAUAUAUGUUUAUAUAUUAUUGGAUCUGAUGUAAUUAUGUCAAUAAUCAGGGCUUAUAUUACAUUAUAUGUGUAAAAUAUUGUAAAUUGUAAAUAAUAUUCAAUAUACAUUAUUGUCUUGACUUAAGCUUACUCAAAGUAUCACUUCAAUUCUUGUUUCUCACAAACUUGGUUAUCUAAAAUAAUCAGAACUACUUAUUAUGUAUACUUCCACUCAAUUGAUAUUUCUUAGGUUUCAGCCUACCAUUGAAAAUAAGCAAUAUAUUGGAUAAAAAAGUCGUUUAAUUAACUUAAGCAUUUAUGUACUUGCUUAUAAAAUGAUUCUGUACUGUACAUUGUUACUACAUUUUGUAUAUAAUAUAAAUAUGUAUCAUUUUUUUAUUGAUGUA